CUGCCUCUGCCUCUCACUCGAGUUUGCAAACAUGUCCAUGUCUAUUUAACAUGCCGAGCAGCAGCAGUUGAGUCCGUCUCUCUCCUCCACCAUGAAGACUCUAGGCGUCCUGGUGCUGCUGUCUUCAGCGAUGCUGCUUUGUCGCACUGCUCCUCCUUUGGAGCCGGUGACGUGCGGCGACAAUAACAGUGCUGCGGCCGCACGUCUGGCUGUACAUGACAUCAACGAGCACCAUGACCACGGCUACAAGUUCAGGCUUAGUGAGAUCGUGGGCAACAACAUUGAAAAGGUUGAUGACGGCUGUACCAUCGAGUUACAGUUGAACCUUCUGGAGACAGUGUGUCACACUGUCCAUCCCAAACACUUUGAGGACUGUGCGCUCCGUGAUGAGUCUCAGUCGGCGGUGAUGGCCAACUGCACUGUUUCGAUGACUGUAAAAUCUGGCAAUGCCAACGUCACCAAAUAUGACUGUGACACCCGAAAAGUGAAAACUCACGAGGAGAUGAUGAUGUUUUGCCCCGACUGUCCCACAAUGAUCCCACUCAACAGCCCUGAUGGUUUUCCUGUGAGGGAAGCCGUGAAACAAGUCAACUCCAACACCACCAACGAGCGCUACUACGUACUGAAGGAAGUGGGACGGAUAACGGCUGGGUACAUGUGGCAAGGGAUGUUCUACAAUGCUGAGAUUGUCCUUGUGGAGACUCAUUGCCCAAUGUUGUCCAGAAUCGUACCGGAGGCCUGCAAGCCCCUCUGCCCUGACAGAGCUCAUCAUGCGUUCUGCCGCUCAUCUCACAGAAGAGGAAAAGGACUGUUGUCUGUUGAAUGUGAAUACUAUCCCCCUUCAAACGAAACUGCCCUUGGCCCUGGUGAGAGGGAGCCCCGUUGUAACUCUCAUCCUGUGCUCCUUCCUCGCCCUCCUGGCCACCCUCGCCGUGCUGGCCACCCUCACCAUGCUGGCCACCAUGGCCGUGCUGGGAACCCUCACCAUGAUGGCCACCCUCACUCUACUGGCCACCCUCGCCCUACUGGCCACCCUCUCCAUGAUGGCCACCCUCACCCUACUGGCCACCCUCACCAUGAUGGCCACCCUCGCCCUACUGGCCACCCUCACCAUGAUGGCCACCCUCGCCCUACUGGCCACCCUCACCACGAUGGCCACCCUCACCACGAUGGCAGUGGAGGUCACCAUGCUCAUGGCCAACCUGACCAAGGAGUGUUCCUUCAUCCCUUCAGACCCUGUCAUGGAUUAUUGCCUGAGAGUGACCCAGCUCUCCACCCCAUUUGUCCCAUGCCUUGACCUGAACCCCGCCACAGCUCAAAACCCAGGCCAGUCCUGAAAUGCAAGCACAACGCUGAUUUAGAGGGACUAUGACCUUGUUUGUUACUGUUCAGAAGACCUCUCUAAGAGUCUCAUGUGAGAAUGGUCCUUAAAACAUAUUACAGAACGUAAGUGUCAUGGUGUCAGUCUUUGUCAUGCAAAAGGUUUUAACAGAUUGAUAAUGAGUGUGGGUGUUCAAAUCAAUCCAUGAAUUGCAACAAUUAAACAACCUGAAUGAUUUAA